ACUCACUAUUUCGACUUGAUUGGUUCAACGUUUCUAUUUUGGUUUUUUUUGACAAAUUCUUUGUUUUUUUUUGGAUUUUAAUAAUUUUGUGAAUUAUUUAAAGAUCUAACGAGAAAACAGUGAAAAGAAAAUGGAUCUUCUCGGAUCGAUUCUUGAUUCAAUGGAAAAGCCGCCACAAACUAGUUCAAAACAAGAGAUUCUAAUCAAAAAACAACAAGAAACUUUGAAGAAAUUAAAUGAAAUGGAAAAGGAAAAAUUGAAGAAAAUCAGCGCUAAUAUCGAACAACGAUUAAUCAAAUUUGUCAAUGAUUGUAACAUGGAAAAGUUAGAAUUUGAGCCUAUGGCAAAAAUACAUCGGACCGUAAUUCACAAUAUCGCUGAUAAACAUGAUCUGAUAGUCUAUUCAUUCGGCGUUGAAGAUGUUGAUCGACAUUGUGUUGUCUAUAAAAAAGAAUUCAAGCCUACCGAAGAAGAAUUGGAUUGUCUUCGUAAUGGUGAAGAUAUAUAUGAUAGAAAACUCAAAGAGUUACAUGAAAAGAUGAAAUUAGAGCAAAAUAAAAAUGAUAACAAAAAUGAAGUAAAGAAAGGAAAAAAUCCAAAACCAAAUACAAGCUAUACGCUUAAAUAUGCAAAUAUAAUUGGUUUAGAUGUUGGUGAAGCUGCAGCCAAAAUUACGACACCAAAUCAACAAUUUGGAAUGGUUCCCAGCUCAAACAAACGUGAUCAACGAUCUAUUGAACAAAUCUUAAAUGAUAAUAAAAAUAAAAAAUUAAAAAAUUUGUAAUAUCAAUUCAUCAUCAUCAUCAUUAUAAACUUGAUUCAAUUUUAAUGUCAAAUUUCGAAAUGAGAUGGCGAUCAUGUUGU